UCAUGGAAAUCCAGCUGCAUAAACAGAUGGACCAGGGGCCGGGGACGCAGGCUCAGAGGGCUACGGGAGCCUCGGGACAGGACGCAAGCAUGAACUCCACUUUGCAAGCCAGGAUCCAGUCCAGGAUGGAGGUGGCCAAGAAAAUGAAGGAGGAGGAGAAGCUCUACAGGUAUAAUGGGGUCCUGUAUCCAGCGAUCAUGAGCCCAGAGGAGAACCUCAAAGCUCUGGAGACUGUAGAGGCCAGAGCCGAUGACAUAAUGCUGGUGGCCUAUCCAAAAUGCGGUUUCAACUGGAUGGUGGCAGUGCUGCGUAAAAUCAUGUCCGCCGCCACCGGAGUAAAAGUGGAAUCCAAGAUGCCUCCUCUGAUAGAAUUCUUCGGCCCAGAGAUGCUGCAGUGCCUCCAGAAGGCCCCAUCUCCGAGAUUACUGGGGACCCAUAUGCAUCCUGACAACAUUCCAGCCUCCUUCUACCAAAAGAAGACCAAGAUGCUGGUUGUUUUCCGCAACCCGAAGGACACAAUGGUCUCGUUUUAUCACUUCUCCAAUAAGAAUCCAGUGUUGCCGACCGCGGAGUCCUGGGAUCGCUUUUACGCUGAUUUUAUGAGCGGUGAAGUUCCCUGGGGCUCCUACUUUAACCACGCACUCGCCUGGGAGAAACGUAUCGACGACCCAAACGUGAUGAUCAUCACGUUCGAGGAACUCAAGCAGCACCUGAGCGGAGGUGUCCAGAGGGUGGCAGACUUCUUAGGUUUCAGCUUAACCGAUGAUCAGGUCCAGACCAUCGCUGAGGAGAGCACCUUCAAUGCCAUGAAAGAAGGCGCCAAAGAUUCUCAUGGCCAGAUGGGCAACGUCUUUUUCAGGAAAGGUGAAGUCGGAGAUUGGAGAAACCACUUCAGCCAGGCCCAGAGCGAACAAAUGGACGCUGCGUUCAAGAAGCAUCUUGAGGGGACGAGACUCGGCACCAGACUUAAGUACGACGUCUACUGCAAGUGACGAGAACCCGUGAUGAGCAGAAGGCCGAGAACAGAGAAGAACACAUAGAAGACACCAGAGAACAGGAGAGGUUCACGUACAUUGAGACAGUAAACGAAGAAGAGGUCUUUCCUCUCGCAGAGACGGAGUGUCAGUGUAAGACGUCACACUAUUCAACCACAGGCCAAAGCCGCAAGCUCAAGACUGAAACCGGUUUGUCGAGGAUUAAGACAGGACAGUAAAGGCGCCCGAGGACGACAGCAAGCCAGUAGUGGCUUUUUGGUAAAUGUGUAGU